AUGGCGAGGAAAAGUAGGGGAAGACAAAAAGUUGAGAUGGUGAAGAUGAACAAUGAAAGCAACCUCCAAGUCACUUUCUUCAAGUGUCAAGCCGAACUUUUCAAGAAGGCAAGUGAAUUAUGCACUCUAUGUGGAGUUGAUAUUGCUAUUAUCAUCUUCUCACAAGAUCGAAAACUCUUCUCUUUUUGCCAUCCUUGUAUCGAGACUAUGGUGGAACAUUUCAUUAGUGAGUCUAACUUCAAUCUAACGGCUCCUAGACAUGCAGAGGAUGAUGAUUAUGAUCGUGCAGCUGACAAACAAGAUUCUGAUCGGAUGGUUGAGGCGCGUGUUGAUUGA